CUCCAGCCUGUGUGUGAGCUGUGAGCACUGCUGCCGCCGCCGCCGCUGCCCUUUGAUCCCUGCAUUAGUGUUAGUUAGGGGCUUGGAGACACACAGGGAGCAGCCAUAGACACCGCCGCACCAGCCCUCAUUAUUGACACCGCAUAUGAGCACACACUCUCCCUCGCCCAUUAGAUCCAUUUCCAUUGAAGAAUAUUGCGACCGGGGACAAGCCAGGUGCACGACCGGGGGAAAGAGAAAGAAAAGGGGGAGGAAGGGCAAGAAAAGGGGAGAGAGACGGGGGGGCUCUUCUCCUUGGCUCCAGGAAAAGCAGCUUCUCAGCCCCCCCCCAUUGCCCAGGAGAAGAAAACCAGCCUUUGCUGGGCAGCCACCCUUUGCCCCUGCUUUGUGCCUGCCUCUGCCCCUCUUUGGGAUUUUUUUUUAAAAAAAUACAUUUGAUCUCCCAUUAAACCAAGGAGGAGAAUGUGAAAAGGGGGGAAAAUGCCCAGGAGGAAGCAGGAGCAGCCCAAGCGCCUCUCUUCACAUGGUACCAGACAGGAAGAAGCUGAAGGUGAGCUUAGUGAGGAAGAGCACUGGUAUGGAAACUCUUCAGAAACACCAUCAGAAGCAUCUUAUGGAGAAGUCCAGGAGAACUUCAAAUUAUCCUUUGAGGAUAGGAUCCAAGAACAGUCCACAUCUCCAGACACAUCCCUGGGGAGUGCAACUCCUAGCAGCAACACCCUGGAGCUGGCAGCUGUUGAGAACGAGGCUCUAAGGGACGUAUUGCAGAAUAAAGAACACCUUUCCCCUGUUGUGUCUUCUGUAUGUGAAGAUGACACUCCUAGCCCAAAUAAACCACUUAGUAGUAAUCUGAGACGUCUGUUGGAGGCUGGUUCUCUCAAGCUAGACACUAGUAUUGCAGUUAACGGCAGGGUUGAGUCCCCUGUAAAUCUUGGCUCAAAUGUCUCCUUUUCUCCACCUACACAUCAUGCCCAGCAGCUAAGUGUCCUUGCUAGAAAGCUGGCUGAAAAACAGGAACACAGUGAUCAAUAUGGCGCAAACAACCGGUUUAUAUGGAAUCAAGGCAAGUGGCUGCCUAGCUCGGCACCACCUUGUGGUUUGUCCCCAGACUCAGCAAUCCUAAAACUGAAAGCAGCAGCCAAUGCAGUCCUUCAGGACAAGUCACUUUCUCGAACUGAAGAUCCCAUAAGGUUUGAAACCUUUUCUUCGCCAUUUAGUUCUCAGUCUGCAAGCUCCACCUUAGCUGCACUAUCAAAGAAAGUCAGUGAAAGAAGCAUGACUCCUGGGCAGGACCACCCACCGCCAGCUAGCUCUUUCCUUUCUCUCGCCUCAAUGACUUCUUCGGCAGCCCUUCUCAAGGAGGUUGCUGCAAGAGCUGCAGGCAGUCUUUUGGCUGAGAAGAAAAAAUCGCUGGUUGCAGAGGAUCCCCUGCAGCUUUCAGACAUGAAGCAAGAGAAAGUAACUCCACCACAGUCUUUGGAAUUAUUGUUACUCCCGGCCCCUAAAGGAAGAGCUUCUAAAACCACUAAUCCAGCUUCAGAAGAAGAAGGUGGGAAACCUUUCCAGUGUCCAAUCUGUGGCCUGGUUAUAAAAAGGAAGAGCUACUGGAAGCGACACAUGGUGAUUCAUACAGGCUUAAAAAGUCAUCAGUGCCCUUUGUGUCCAUUUCGCUGUGCACGGAAGGACAAUCUCAAAUCACACAUGAAGGUUCACCAACAUCAAGACCGGGGAGAGACAUUUCAGUGCCAGCUAUGCCCUUUUACCUCCUCUCGCCACUUCAGCCUGAAACUCCACAUGCGUUGCCAUCAACACUUCCUGAGGACAGAAGCCAAAGUGAAGGAAGAGAUCCCAGAAAUGGAUGUCAAGGUGUCGCCAUUGCUAAAUGAGAACUCCAGAAUGGGGCAGCAGAUGGAUGGGGAAACUGACCCCACAGGGACAGCUGCUGCCUCCAGAACUCCUGAAGCAGCUGGACAGGCAGGAUCUGCCAUCCCACCUCUGCUAAUAAAAGAAGAGCCCAAGGAUGACAACAGCCCCUCUACCCCAUCUUUUGCUCUCAGUGUUGUUGACAGAAUUGCCAACAACACAAAGCUAAAAGACUCCAUUGCUUUUGUGACCAAUACAGCAUCAGCACUUUUCAGCCAGGACAUCUCAGUCAAGAUGGCAUCAGAUUUUCUCAUGAAGCUCUCAGCUGCAAAUCAAAAAGAACCCUUGACACCUACAUUUAAAGUGAAAGAAGAACCAAAAGAUGAAGAAAAUACAAGCUCCACUUUUCCUAAAUCUACUUACAUUUUCAGUCCUGAACCUGAAACUUCUGCCCCAAGCAUUCCCAAGGAGAAUCUCAAGCCACAAGAAGUGCCAGCAAAUGUACUGCAGCAGGACAUGUCUGUCAAAGCGGCAUCUGAACUUCUUAUGAAGCUUUCAGCGGAAAGUUAUAAGGAAUCUCAGACAAUAAAGAUUAAAGAAGAACCCAUGGAAGUUGAUAUUCAUAAUUCCCAAGCCUCAGUUUCACCUAGCCAAAACAUCAGUUAUAGCACUUUACUCAGGCAAGAGAUCACUGAACACAUACAAAAGAUACCAGAAGGCCGAGUGCUCCCUGAGAGAAACCUCUUCAGCCAAGAUAUAUCAGUGAAGAUGGCUUCAGAGCUACUUUUUCAAUUGUCAGAAAAAGUGAGCAAAGAGCACAAUCACUCUAAAGAUAACACCAUCACCACUACAACUAGCCCUUUUUUUCCUGAAGAUACAUUUAGACAAUCACCGUUCACUUCCAACUCAAAAGAUCUGUCUAAUGAGACUGCUGUUCAUGGAAGGACAACAGUACCAGAAACAGAGAAGAUAGGGCUGGAGACUGGAAAUGGGUUGCCAUCUUGGAAAUUUAAUGACCAGCUCUUUCCCUGUGAUGUAUGUGGAAAAGUGUUUGGCCGACAGCAGACGUUGUCCCGACAUCUCUCCCUGCACACAGAAGAGAGAAAAUACAAAUGCCAUUUGUGCCCAUAUGCUGCUAAGUGCCGUGCUAACCUGAACCAGCACCUGACUGUCCAUUCCGUGAAGCUGGUGAGUACAGACACUGAGGACAUUGUCAGCGCUGUCACUUCCGAAGGCAGUGAUGGAAAGAAGCACCCUUAUUACUACAGUUGUCAUGUGUGUGGAUUUGAAACCGAGAUGAAUGUCCAGUUUGUCAGUCAUAUGUCGCUUCAUGUGGAUAAAGAACAGUGGAUGUUUUCUAUUUGCUGCACAGCCUGUGACUUUGUUACCAUGGAAGAGUCGGAGAUGAAGACUCAUGUCACCACCAAGCACACAGGUGAAGAGAGGAAGACCCCAAGUGACGCAAACAGCCCUUCUUCUUCUUCUUCUCUGUCAGCACUUAGUGAUUCUGCCAACAGCAAAGAAGAUGCAGAGCUCAGCCCUAAGCCCAAGGGUUCAAACAGCCUGCUAGUUAUUUCCGUAGUGCCUGGUAGUCAGACCUUGUUAAACACAGAAGAAAAGUCAGAGAAAGGUUUUGAAUGUGUUUUCUGUAACUUUGUCUGCAAAACAAAAAACAUGUUUGAGCGCCAUUUGCAAAUCCACCUGAUUACACGGAUGUUUGAAUGUGAUGUGUGCCACAAGUUCAUGAAGACUCCUGAGCAAUUACUGGAGCACAAGAAAUGCCACACUGUCCCCACCGGUGGGCUCAAGUGCCCAUUCUGCAUUUACUCAACCAACCGUCCUGCAGCAAUGGAAUGCCAUUUGAAGACCCACUACAAAAUGGAGUACAAGUGCCGGAUCUGCCAGGCAGUGAAAACCAAUCAGCUGGAGCUGGAAAUGCACAUCCGGGAGCAUCGCCUUGGCAACCAUUACAAGUGUGACCAGUGUGGUUAUCUUUCAAAGACGGCCAAUAAGCUGAUAGAGCAUGUGCGUGUACACACUGGGGAGCGCCCUUUUCACUGUGACCAGUGCAGCUACAGCUGCAAACGCAAAGACAAUCUCAACUUGCACAAGAAGCUCAAGCAUGCUCCACGCCAGACAUUCAGCUGUGAAGAGUGCCUCUUCAAGACCACCCACCCUUUUGUCUUCAGCCGCCAUGUGAAGAAGCACCAAAACGGGGACUGCUCUGAAGAGGAGAGAAAGAGCCAGGGGGCAACCUCCAAGGAAACCAGCCCUCUCCUAGCUGCCAACAGUCCCCAAAGCCUCUUGUCACCUCUCUCAGUGAUGUCUGCCUCCCAGGCUCUGCAGACAGUGGCCAUGUCAGCUGCUCAUGGUGGUGGGGCGGAGCCGAACCUGGCACUUAAGGCCUUGGCCGUAAAUGGCACUUCCCUGUGCUUUGACAAGUAUCGAAACUCUGAGUUUGCCCACCUCAUUCCCUUAACCAUGUUUUUCCCCAAGAACCACUUUGAGAUCACAUUCCAUGCGCCCAGACUACAGACUGUACGCCUGGGUGACACUUCACCGAAGCACUCCUUCCUUUCCUAUCUUGGACUAACAGAAAGAGCAGAAACUGUCUGAGGGCAGCCACACUCUGUACCAAAAAUACUCCCUCCCUGCCGCUGCCCACCCGCCCAUCCGACACCCAACAGGUAUAUGCAUUGCUGCAAACCAUACACCCCAGAUGUAUGGCUGGCUGAACAUUUGUACUAUAUAGAUCAUUAAUAGUAAGGUAUAGGAAAAAUGGCUCUGUGUUUCUCCUUAAUGCAUUGACAUGAAGGCUGAUUUAUUCUUCAGAGAGGUCACCUCCUGCAUACUUCUACCUUCAGAGGCAUGUUCCCAGUACUCUUAUCUAAGAACCUAUUUUGUCUUGUUUAAGCUGAACAAGAGUGUCCUUAAAGGCAAUCGGCACUUGCUAAGAUUACAUAUUGAUGCAUUUUACUUUGGGAUUGUGAGCGUGAGUGUGUCUGAAAGAGAGUCAGUGUGCCAUGAUAUUGCUUUUGCACAUCCUUUUGUACUGGCUUAUUUAAUAUGAACCCAUGAAACUGCCUUAUACUGAGUCAGAUCAUUGGUCCAUUUGGCCCAGUAAUGUCCACUCUGACAGGCAGCAGUUCUCCAGGGUCUCACGCAGAGAUCCUUCCCAGCACCUGCUACCUGAGAUUCUUUAACUGGAGAUGCUGAUGACUGAACCUGGGACCUUUAUAUACAUGCAAAGCAUGUGCUCUCCCAUUGAGCUAUGGCCCCUCUUCUUGUGCUAAUUAUUGCAAUUCUCCAUGCUCACCACCUUGCCUGCCUCUCUUGAUUUUACAGUUAUUGGAAUGUGGAAACAGCAAUGCUCACUUCUAGAAGAAUUGGCAUGCCAUUCAGUACUACUUGGAAUUUGCUAUAGUAUUACUACACUACACUAUAAGUUUAGUAGAGUAUAGUAGUUGCUUUGGCCUCAGAUCUGAGAAUCCAAGGAUCAGGACUGAAUUAGAGGAAAAGAAAUUGCUUUUAGCUGUGCAAGACAAGGGCUGUUUUACAUGUUACAUUUUUCCUUCUGGGAAAUAAUCUCUAUAGAUGAAUGCAUGUGCACUGUUGUGUGUGACAUGUAAUAUGAAUGGUUUUGCUCUCUACAUACAGAAUGGGUAAACACAGUGCAUAUAUGCUGCCCAGUAGAUGUAUUCAUGUCCACCCACCCACCAAAAAAAGCACUCCUAUCACCAGGGCCGGCUCCAAAGGGCGGCCAGGUAGAGCCCUGGCUGAGGGCCCCCACAGCCCACAGGGACCCCUGAAGGGCCCCUCGUUAUGGUGGGGUAUUGCUCACUGUCUGUGGCAGGGAGGCAGCUGCCUGCUUGCCCUCUCCCCCCGCCUGCUCGCUUGCCCUCUCCCUCCUCCUGCUCACUCCCUCACCCGCCCUCCACACUGCCCCCCUGCUCGACCUCCCCCCCACCUGCUCCCUCGCCCUCUCCCAUCCCGCCACUCGCUUGCCCACCUGCCGUCCUGCCUCCCCUGCCUGGUAGGUGGGUAGGUAGGUAAGUGGGUGGGUGAGGCUUGCAUGCGGGUGCCAGGGCCCAGGGCAGGCAGGUGCCCAAGGGUCCUGGCAUGCCUAGGGCCGGCUCUGCCUAUCACCCUUGAAAUGUUACAGUGAGCAUGCAUACUGCAACAGAGAUUUGUUUUUUUUCCUUCAUAGAGAUAAUGUAUGAAGUAGCCCUGAACACACGUGAGGGUGAUCCUCCAGAUGUUGUUGGACUCCCAUUGGCCCUUAGCCAGCAUGGCCAGUGGUCAGGGAUGUGGAUAGACCUGUAAACAGCAAGUGCAUUUCAUACAUGCAACAAGGGCAGAUUCUUCUGUUAGACUCCUGUAACUCAAGGCCACUUCUUACAGUACCUUCUGUACCUGAGUGCAGAUAUCCAAAUACAAAAGUGCCAAAUAUCUGUUUUAAAUGGGGCACACACAUUGCAUUUAAAUCGCUGCUUUUCUCUGUAAAAUAACUGGAGGCAGGAACCUGAUCAUUACCCUAUCACAUUUCUUUCUAGUUCACGGAGAGGCAAUUUAAACACACAUGCACCAUUCAAAACUGAUGUAAGAUCAAUACAAAAAGUAUCACCACCAAGAGGCCCUCAGAUCAGGUCUUGAUCAUAGAUCAAACAUAUACAUUCACAGUCUGUAUUAAUGCAGUGAUGAUCUUGGUUUGCAAAGACAAAAGUGUACAUUCUACAGAGAUUAAAUCCCAGGCAUGGGGAUUUUAAUAAGGAAUGGGGUUUGAUAAAUUCUGGGUAUAAAUGCUCAGACUAAAUAAAGGCAGGUUUUGCACAGUGCUUGAGUCUUGCACUAGUAUAUUUCUCACUUGCAAAAAAAGAAAAGAAAAAGUGUAGAAGAUUUUUAAAAAAUUCUUUUGUCGACUAUAAAGAAUUAUCAAAUGGUAUAUUUGAAAAGUUAAUGGCAAAUUCUUUCAAAUGUAAAGACGAGAGGUGCUGUUUAAUCAUACAAUUCUUUUUUAUAUGCCCAACUGUUCAGCUAUAUUUUCAAAUUUUGUGUCCCUAUAAACAUUACCCUUCAUGUUACUUGUAUUCCUUUGUAUUAUUUUGUUAAUGCCUACUCAAGUAUACUCUUCUAGGAAGCUAACUUUAUAUUUUCUUAAAGCUCUUACUUGUGGUCAUUAAAAUGACAUAAAUUUUGCACUUUAUUACAGUAAGAAGCAAAUGUCACAUUCCUAAUACAUAAUCUAAGUCAAUUGUUAACUUUUUCCAAGAAUUGUUUUUUUCUUGCCCAUGCACUGACAUUUAUAACGCAUCAUUGUUACAUCCAGUUUCCCCCACUGAACACAUAUAGGGGAAUAAAUCUACCAUGAUGCCUAUGUUCUGUCUCCAUGGUUGGAGGCAGUAUGCUUCUGUUGCCAGAAACCACAGGAGUGGAGAGUGCUCUUGCACUCGGUUCCUGCUUUCAGGCUUAGGCAUCUGUUUGGCCACAGUGAGAACAAAAAGGUGGACUAGAUGGGCUAUUGUUCUGAUCCACCAGGCUCUUCUUAUGUCUAUAUCUGUGUAUAUGUUCAAAGACCAGAAACAGUUUAUCAUGGAGAACAAGAAGGAAGGGAACCUAAAUAUUAACAAGCGAUAAUACUAAAAUAAAGUCACUACAGCUGAAGUACUAAGAGUCCACACAAUAGUUUAAACAGCAUGUGACCUCAUCUAGCUAAGCUUCUACAAUAAAUUAAGUCAUUAUUUUAGUUCCUAACACAGACAUCUUGAGCCCUGUUAAAACUACUCUUUGGGAUUCAUCCUAUGAGCUCUUCUGUUGACAAACUUCUGUUGACAAAAUGUUUUAAGAUAAAGUCAGUACAGUGUCAUGAAUGAUGGCAUUCUAUUCCAAGCUACAAUAGAAUGACAAAGCCUAAUAAAAGUUAUUAUCACUUGGUAGGUGGCAUUGUAUCAUCAUGCAAAUCAGGAAGACAGAUACGCACACACGGUUUAAUUUUCCAUCAUUGUAAGCUAUAUUUUGUAGGUUUGGAGGGUACCCAUGUCUGAUGUAAUCUUGAAUCAUUUACUUAACUGCUGUCUUGCAGCUGAACUAAAUGAGCGCCAUUACUUCUGCUAGGAAUUUUGAAAGACGAUAUAAUGUUGACGCAGAACUUACUUGCCUGAAGAUAAUUUAUAAUUAAGCAUGGGGAAAAAUGAAUUCAUUUGUAGCAAGAAUUAUAGAACUUUCUAUAUGCAGUUGCUGCAGUUAAUUAAAUAUAUUCAAGGUAUUUCUGGCUGACUGUCCAAACUAUCAAGUAGUAACCCUAUUUUUUUAAAAAAGGGGGGGAACUAAGUAGUUUGUCAGCAGGAAAAUUACCCAUGCAUAGGAAUGUGAAAUGAAUAUUUUCUGUAAACCAAAUGGUGCAAUAUAACAUAGAACUUCAAGGAAUGAAAGUAUUAUGAUGCUCUAAGCAACUUAAUGCCUUGGGUUAAACCAUUUCCCCUUUUGUAUUUGUCUAUCAUAGUAAUGCUUAAUGUAAUUGGGCAGCUUUAUUUAGCACUUUGAAACACUGAAUUAUUUCUGGAAAGUUAGUUAUACAGAUUUCCAAGUGAGAGAGAGAGAGCGAAAGAGAAAGAACGAGAGACAGAGAGAAAUGCAUCAGGAGGCGCUUUUAUUUUUUUAAGGAAAAAAUACAGUAUUUAUCAAAGCCCUUGCAUAUACAAUAACUGGUUUGCUGUUUGAAGUUAAAGAAAGGAAUGCUCCCUAUAGUUAUCCUUUGCUUGUUAAAAGACUUCACGUUUCUACCAACCUGCUCACUUUAUAUCUGCUUUUCUCACUAUGCAUUCUUUAAGAUAGGCUGGUUUCUUGUUUUCCAUCCAGUAAUUUGGUUACAUUCUCAGCACUUUUCUUGCUUCCUCCCUGACCUUUUUAACUUGCUGUAUCAUAUUCAAAUAUCACACUGUCAAGGUUUGUGUACAUUAAUGGAAAUUUGUAUUGUAUAAAGCUUUUUUGCAUUAUAAGGCUGUACAGGGUCAUUUUGACAG